GCUGCCCUGGACACUCAGACCUUGCCCUGCUGGGUUGUAACAACAAUUCUGACUCUGAAGCCUCUGGACACAGCAGUGACUGCUCGGAGGAUCCCACACUCUGCAGCUUGUCCAGCAGCCCUUGGAGCCCUGACCCCUUGCAGGAGCCGGAGCCAUGCGUGUGGCCAUCAUCGGGGCCGGGGUGAUCGGGCUCUCCAGCGCCCUGUGCAUCCAUCAGCAGUUCCAUGGCCUGCUGCCCUCCCUGGAGCUGGAGGUCUAUGCUGACCACUUCACCCCCCACACCACCAGCGACGGGGCAGCUGGGCUGUGGCAGCCCUACCUGAGUGAUCACGGCAACCUGCAGGAGACGCUGUGGAAUAAAGAGACAUUCGAUUACCUCCUCGGGCAGCUGCACUCCCCAGCAGCCAAGGAAAUGGGACUUUUCCUCAUUUCUGGCUACAACCUGUUCACGGAGCCCGUGCCGGACCCAUCCUGGAAGAACAUUGUCCUGGGAUUCAGGAACUUGACACCAAAAGAACUCGAACUCUUCCCUGGUUACAGCUAUGGCUGGUUCAACACGGCGCUGAUGCUGGAGGGCAGGAGUUACCUGCCCUGGCUCACCAACAGGCUGACGCAGAGGGGAGUGAAGUUUUUCCAUAAGAAGGUUGAGUCUUUCCAGGAGCUGUUUGUCCAGGGUGUGGAUGUGGUGCUGAACUGCAGCGGGAUGCGAGCAGGGCACCUGCAGCCCGACCCAGAGCUACAGCCUGGCCGGGGCCAGAUCAUCAAGGUGCUGGCCCCGUGGGUGAAGCAUUUCAUCGUCACUCACAACUUGAAAUCUGGGAUCUACAACUCUCCCUACAUCAUCCCGGGGAGCGAGUUCACGGUCCUGGGAGGGGUUUACCAGCACGGGAACUGGAGUGAGGAGAACAGUGCCAAGGAUCACAAAUCCAUCUGGGACAGCUGCUGCCAGCUGCUCCCACCUCUCCAGAAGGCAAAAAUCGUUGGGGAGUGGAGCGGCCUGAGACCAGCACGGCCCUCGGUCCGCCUGGAGCGGGAGAGCAUCCGCCUCGGCAAUCUGCAGGGAGAGGUGAUUCACAACUACGGGCACGGCGGGUUUGGGAUCACCAUCCACUGGGGCUGUGCCAUGGCGGCAGCGCGGCUCUUUGGGAGCAUCCUGCAGGAGAAGAAGCAGCUGGCCACCCCCCCAGGGCCCCGCUUGUGAGCACCAGCUCCCUGGAAUGUGACAGCAGUAGCUCAGGAGUCACAGCAGAAGGAUGGGAACAGCACAGGGAUACACACACGGGCUGCUCGCCCCUGCUCCCAGCUUUGGCUCUCAGCGUCUCAUUUCCAUUUCCAGAUGGCUCUGCUCCCUCCACAACCUGCCUGGAGGAAGGGCUUUCAAAUAUCAACUAACUACCCGUGGCAAAGUGCACCAAGUGCUGUCUGGGAUCAGCCAGGGUUCAGCUGAACCCUGGACAGUCCUGCAGUUCAUCUGCACCAGGGGACAGGAUGUGAAAUGGAGCUGGGGACACCUGAGGUCUGUGCUGGCUGCUCCAACACACAGGGUGUAAUUAGAUUUACAGGCUCCCCCCAGGAGGCCAAAGCUCCUUAGUAGGAAGAAGCUCUGGGGCUCCCAGGGAAGUCACAGCAGCUCUGGGAGCACGUGCCUGGGUUACACCAGUUUUCCUCACAUUCCUGCCAGGACAAAGCUCAGGCCACAGCACCUGCUUAGUGUAGCUGGCACCAGACAGCAGCACUUGCCUAAAAUGGCCUUUCCAAACGAUGUUUUAGCAACAAAAGCAAUUUGUUCCAGACCUGUGGGCUUGCCAGGCUCUAUAUAUAGCAGAGAGCAUAAGAAAAUAGCUCUUCUUGUCCCUAAAACUCCCACGGGCCCCUCAGCUUCCCAUUUCUCCCAGCUGUGGGACACAGCUCAGAGAGAGGGCCUGGCUUGUGGCUCUCAGAGGAGGAGCAAGACUUUUUGGGGUGUUCAGGGAUGCUGUUGGGGACCCAACACACUGUUCUGAAGAUACAGCCUGGCUGAUUUUCCCAUGCCAGGUGUCUUUCCUGCUUUACAAACCAUCCCAGACAGGGCACUGGAUGGUGAGGAAGCCUGAAAUCCAAAGGCCAGCACAGUGCCUGGCUCACUCUCCUGUGUGGAUAAGCCAAGUGCUCCUUACUCAUCCGUGAUGCAGCUCCUGUCUGCUGAAUAAUCCAUGUGCCAGGAAUAGCUCAGCAGUGUGGAGUGGGGGAUGUCCGAGUUCAUCUCCAUGCUAGGCUUAGCAAGCACAGCUGGAAAUUGGGAGCUACUGUCAUGUCCAGUCUGUCCAAAGGAGUUCCAGCUUCCCUGGAAAUGUUGCAGUCACUGGGUAGAAUCAGGAAAAGGAAAACAAAGGCUGGAGAAAAUUCCCUGCUGAUGAACACUGAACUCAAUGGUCUGUGAUGCCACCUCAGGAAAAGCCAUUCAGGGGAACUGGAUCCCUUUGGUUUCACUUAUUCCAAAUAUGAGACAGUCAGGAGCACAUUCUCUGCUGUAAAUCCAGCCCCACUUUGGUGAUUUUGGGAAAAUCCUGCUGGACAAACAGAGGGGUAGGAAAUCAUUGUACACCUGGCAACAAGCAGCUGAUUCUGUGAUCUCAGAGCCUGCAGGAGCCACUGCCCUGUGAUCUCACACGGCCUCUUGGCAAACAGGAAUGGGCUGAUCUUCUUAAUUUUAUUUGCAGGUUAAUUCUGUUUGUUUUAUAAAGGCCUCAAUUUAAUCUGUGUGACCAAUAAAGGGAAUGUUCACA